AUGGACGUCUCUCCUCGCCGCACAGAUCUCCUUCUUCCUCUCCUCCUCCCCCUCCCUCCCUCUCCCCUUCCUCUCCGCCUUCCUCUGCGCAGAGACCACUUUCCUCCUCGGAGUCUGGUCCUCUCUCCAAUUCAAGUGGCUCCACAUCGAGAAUCCUUCAAUCGUCGUCGCCCUCGAGCGUCUCCUCUUCUCCUGCGUCCCUUUCACGGCCUCCUCGCUUUUCACCUGGGCCACGAUCUCCGCCCUUGGGAUGAACAGCUCUUCCUCUUACUACUUCUUAGUGUUCGAUUGCGUGUUCUAUUGGAUCUUCGCGAUUCCUAG